CGCCACGGUGAGCUGGCCCCGCGUGCCGGUGAGGCUCUGGUCGCCCCACCAUCCUUCUCCAGGGCGGCACCGGCCCUGGCCAGCGCUCCGCCCUCGCUGGCUCUGUUUCGGAUUGCUGUUCUUUAAGCUCCUGCGAGUUCGCACCUAAGUGGUGCUGUGUCGUGGGAAGAUAAAGGGCUCCUUUAUCUUGAUUAUUCACUCUUUCAGGAAUUUAAGAAAAAGUUUAAUUCACAGACACUUGAGCGAAACACAACCUGACUUGCUCCUUUUAAAAAAUUGCUUUUCUGAUCUCUGUACUCCUGCUGGCAGGGCCUGAUUUCCUGCACCUUAGAGAUACCUACCUACAAGGUAUAGUGUGAGGGGUUCCCAGGCACUGUAUUGCUUGCCUCUCCCAGCUGACUAGUGUGAAUACGUGUAAACAACUGGGUUGAGCCAAGGAUAAAGUGGUUUAAUUCUUAUAGGACCCUCACAGGCCUCCCCACCCACAUGCUGACCUGGGGGAAAGCUGGGCAGGUUUUUUUCCUCUUCUGUUUAGUCCUCCUUGGGGAUGGAGGGAGAUGAGAGGUGCCCUCUUCUAGGCACAGGACCAUGUGCAGCCUGUGUUUGCACAAGUCUCUAAGGCCACAGUUUUAGGAUCAGCCCUAAAGUCAGGCAGCUGUUCCCAGGGAAACAGAGUUAUCGGAGGUUUCCCACUGAUGUAAAACAGCAGAACUGUUUCCCACUUACCCCUCUGUGUUGCUUUUAGGGCUUUGUAACAAGUGUGACAGGAAAAUAAAUCUUCAAGGGCUGUGAGAAAAUCUUCACAGGCCCUUCAGAGGAGCCACCAGGGGCUCUGGGUCUGCUGCCUGGCUCCUGGCACUGGGGUUUGUGUAGGAGAAUGCUCCAUGGGCCUCCUUGUUUUACUUAGUUCACAGGAGGACUGGGAGGACCCAGAACUGGAGCAGAGGGGUUUGGAAGCAGAGGGUUUGGGGCUAAGAGACUUCCUGAUAAUCAUCUCGUCUUGUUUUCAAGCUGUGGUGUCAGUGGAUGGGCGGCCUGUGAGACUCCAGCUCUGUGACACAGCAGGACAGGAUGAGUUUGACAAGCUGAGGCCCCUGUGCUACACCAAUGCUGACAUCUUCCUGCUCUGCUUCAGCGUGGUGAGCCCCACCUCUUUCCAGAAUGUCAACGAGAAGUGGGUGCCUGAGAUCCGGUGCCACUGCCCCAAAGCUCCCAUCAUCCUGGUGGGGACACAGUCAGACCUCAGAGAAGAUGUCAAAGUGCUCAUUGAGCUGGACAAAGGCAGGGAGAAGCCUGUGCCCGAGGAGGCGGCCAAACUGUGUGCAGAGGAAAUCAAAGCUGCUUCCUACGUGGAGUGCUCAGCCUUGACUCAGAAAAACCUCAAGGAGGUCUUCGAUGCCGCCAUCAUGGCUGGGAUCCAGCAUGCAGACUCCCAGCAGCAGCCCAGGAAGUGUAAGAGCAGGACUCCGGACAAAGUGAGGGACUUGUCCAGGUCCUGGUGGAGGAAGUCCUGCUGCCUGGCCUGAAGCAGCCACGUGACCAAGCUCAUGCUUGACGACUCACUUCAGAGCCCCCAGGUGGCCCAUCCUCUGCCCUGGCUUUAGUUUCCUGUCUGUUUACUUCUGAUGUGAGAUAAGUAAGUUAAAGAAGUUGUAAUUUAAGAAUGUUCUGUAACUGGAAGUUUAGAGCUCUCAGCCUCUGGAUUAAUUUAUGUCUGAUAUGAAAAAGGCUCAAAUCUGCUGUCAGGACCAAGAGUUUGCUAUUUCACGGUGACAGCAGGACCGACAGGGACGAUGGCUGCGCCCCUCUCAGGGAUGGGGAGGUCUGCCAGGGCCUGUGCUUCACAGCAUGUCAGCGCUGGUGGGAACAGUGCUUCCUAAGACCAAGUGAACACCACUUUCAAUAAGAGGAAAGAUCUGGGAAAUGAUGGGCACCUCUGCCACAAAAUCUCAAGCCAUCUCUGGCUGUUGAGUGAUUCUCAGCUGCUUAAGAUUUUAAAGACCAAGCAUAGUAUAGAAGGAAGGACAGUGUGCGUGGGCUUUCAGAUGCACAAGCCAGUCCUGCCAAUGCCUAGCACACACCACCGAAUGCCCUGAGCAGCCAUGGGGGACAGUGCCCAUCUCCCCCAGGGAUCAAUGGCCAGAGAUCACAGUGGUGCUCCGGGCCCUCAGGGCAGGCCUCACACCACACCACACAGUGUGGCGACCAAGCAGAGGCGUCUUGGCUUCCACACUGUCACCACCCUCUGCAGGAAAGCGAACCCCUGAAAGGCCAGUGUGGAUUCUGUGGGACCCAGUGAUCCUUCUUUCUAGGUCCUUCUCUGUGCACACACAUGUGCAGGCAGCUGUAUUUGUUGAGGGUUCAGACUUUUAAAUGUUAGUGGAAAGCAGGUCAGGUGACUCUUGGGCCCCUUGACUCUGCUUCUGUGAACAAAUACUGUAUCAUACCCUUGGGGUGAUUUUAAGUGUAUCCUAAGGUAAUAAGCUUGAGACCACUUUAAAACAAAACUAAGGAGAAGGUCUCUUGAGAGCUGCUAGAACAACCAGCCAGGUGUCCAGUGGCUUCAAGCCCGAGGGGCCAGGUCUGUACAGGACCACUUGGUCACUUCCUGGCUGGGGAUGACAGGCACCACACAUGCAUAUGUCCUUCAGGGGAUCUUAAAGCCCACCCUCCUGAAGGCAAGCAUCCUCUAAUACUGCAGCAGCAUGGUCUGAGAGGCCACAGGCAGCCAGGCCCAAAUCCUGGCACAAAGCGACCCCAGACCACUUCAGUAAGCAUCUGGGAAUAUCUCCUGAGAACCCAAUGUGACAGUCCUGGUGCUCUGUGUUCUUUUUUAUGUUUUAAAAAAAAAAAAAAUCUAGUUUGUAUUUUUCUAUAGAAAACAGUGAAGGGUCAUUCCAUACUUUAGGUUAGGGGCUUCCUUAUUCCUGCUAGCGAGAUGAAAGAAUUUCUUUGUUUAACAAAAGUUAAUCUUUAAACCACUAAAUGCAUAGACUUUACUAUUGAUUUUUCAACACGUUGACGUUGGCGUCGUCAUAGUUUCCUGAAGCAUUUUGUUCCAACCUGAGCAAACGAAGUUGCUUCACUGAGAUGCUGGGGCUGACACCUGUUGCAGCCUCUGUGCUGCCCAGCAUUCUGCAGCCCUGGUGCCAGGUGGGCAGGGCUUAGCCCUGAACUGGUGGGUGAUGAACAGGAAGUGAGUGCAGUGGACAUCUGGACCCCUUGCACCCAGAUGAAAGUGGGGAGCAGAGGAUUCCCAUGGCACCAGUGUGGUCAGGGCUCUGUGCCUGGACCUUCAGUGCAGCAGGGUUGAACAGGCUGCUACACAGGUCAGAGUGUGGGUACGGCUGUGCUCGAGGUUGUCCUGUGUGUCUGUGAAAUGGGGUUUAGGCUGAGCAUUUCUUAAAGCAUGUGCUGGAGUCAGUACAGAGUCCACUUCAGAGCCCCAGGCUGAGGAGCAGCUUGGUUUGCAGAGAGGGUUCUGGAGGUGUGCUGGAGAGCCCCUCUUCAGGCUGACCCCACAGUCCAGGAUGGCAUCCUGUCCUAACCCUGUCCCCAGCCCCAGACCUGUCAUCUCUUUCCACUAUGAGCACAUAAGGAGGCCUUUUAUAACAUAUUUUGUGCUUGGCAGCCUUUGGAAGGACCACCCAGGAACCCCAAGCCAAAGUGGGUGCAGGUCUUCUCCACAUGGGCCUGCCUUGUGCCUGGCCACGCUGUGCCCUCCUUCUCCAGGGAUCAGGUAUGCUGGCAGACUUGUACUUGAACAUGCUGUAAAUGAGGCGGUGUGAAAUAAAUUUUGACCUGAGGA